GGGAUGCUGGCCAAGCGGGACAACAAGAAAAACUACAACCCCUACUCUGUCAGCAUGAGGAAGAAAGUUUCGAAAGCCAGCGGGCAUGUCCUGGAUUCCGUCGCCAACAGAGCCAGCGUGUGGCUUAAGGAGCUGCCUCGACGAGAUGGCCAGGAGAUGUUGGCUUCCAGCCUGGUGGACUUGUCUGCCUCAGCCCCCACUGCCACACUCAAGCGACCCACCAGCCUCAGCCGUCACGCCAGUGCAGCCGGCUUCCCACUGUCUCCAGUGGUCCCCCGGGGCAUCGCCAAAGCUCCCAAGUCCCACAUUACCCACACCCCCGGGGAGACCUAUGAGGAGACCGCUCUAGAAGCAGAGGACAUCGCUCAUCUCUUGGUUGAUGUAGCCCACUUUGCGGAAGGCUUGGAGAAACUGCGGGACGUGAUGCUUCAGGAGGAUGAGGUGGAAUCUCACCGCUCACUUGCCCACGAGUGUCUCGGGGAGGCUCUGAGGAUUCUCCGGCAGGUCAUCAACAAGUACCCUCUGCUCAAUACCUUGGAGACGCUGACGGCAGCAGGGACUCUGAUCUCCAAAGUCAAAGGUUUCAAUUAUGAAGCAAAGAACGAAGGAGACAAGCGGGAAUUCGAAAAGGCCCUGGAGACGAUUGCCGUCUCUUUCAGCAGCACAGUCUCCGAAUUCCUCAUGGGGGAGGUUGACUGCAGUACGCUGCUCUCUAUCCCUCUUAGCGACUACAAUCAGUCUAUGGAAAAUAUAUACACCAGGAUAACUGGACAGGGAACAGAAGAGAUCCCAACCGGCAUGGAAGACUUCAAUUCGAACUGUUUGUCGGUGGAAGAGGUUGAUAUCCUUCUCCAGAAGUCUGAGGGUGGGGUGGAGAUUGCCCUCCAGUAUGCCAAGAAUAUCUCCAAGUACAUGAAGAACCUCAUAGCCUACCUGGAGAAGAGGACCACACUGGAAAUAGAAUUUGCCAAAGGGAUUCAGAAGAUGGUGAACACCUGCAAACUACCCAUCACUCAGGAGCGGGACAUGCCUCUGCUCUCCAUCUAUUCGCUGGCCCUGGAGCAAGACUUGGAGUACAGCACAAAUUGUCUGCAAGCCACCAACAACUUGCGAAUGGAAGCCUUCUUGCAGCCACUGACAGCAAGACGUCUUGAACAUGAAAAGCGACGCAAAGAGAUCAAAGAACACUGGCACCGAGCACAAAGGAAGCUGCAAGAAGCUGAGAGCAACCUGCGCAAAGCCAAGCAGUUGUACAUGCAGCGCUCAGAGGAGCUUGAGAAGGCGAAAUCUGGGACAGUCAAAGCUGAAGAAGAGCAGCAGGCGGCCAGCAGCACGGCCACCACCAAGGCCCUGGACAAGAGGAGGCGGCUGGAGGAUGAAGCCAGGAACAAGGCGGACGAGGCCAUGGCGACGUCGACCUGCAUCGCAGACGCCAACACCCAGAAGCAAGAGCUGGAGGACAUGAAGGUGAACGCCCUUCGGCAGAUCCACGAGGUGGUUAAGCAGAGUGACCAAAUCAUCAAAUCGGCCACCAUCGCCUUCUACCAGAUUAUGCACAUCCAGACAGCUCCCCUGCCCGUCCACUUCCAGACCCUGUGUGAGAGCAGCAAACUCUACGACCCGGGGCAGCAGUACGCCUCCAGGGCCAGGCGGCUGCAGAGGGGAGACGAACCGGAGACCCUGUACAACUUUGAGCCCUACAUGGCACACAACGGGUCUCCGCUGCCCCGAGCACGAAAAGGCAGUUCCAGCGCCAGUGAGCUUGCGGUGUCCAGCAGCUCUGAUAUGCCCGAAAAAGAGGAGGUGGCCUCCGAAGGGGAUGCAACAGCAGCCCUGCAGAGCGGUUCAGCCACCGUCGAGCGACGAGGUGGGCGGGGUCAUCAGGUGCACAAGUCCUGGCCAACGUCCAUCACGGAGACCAAAAGCAACUCGAAGGCCCAGGCCACAAGCUCAGGCCUCAGCGUCACAGCCCCAGAAAUCACAUCGCCCACUGGUCCUUUCCGAAACGUCGGUUUAUCCAAAGCCGCCCGGACCCACCGGCUGCGGAAACUGCGGGCCCCUGCCAAGUGCCGGGAAUGCAACAGCUACGUCUAUUUCCAGGGAGCCGAAUGUGAAGAGUGUUGCUUGUCCUGCCACAAGAAAUGCCUGGAGACGCUGGCCAUCCAGUGCGGGCACAAGAAACUCCAAGGCAAGUUGCAGCUCUUUGGCCGGGACUUCCAGCAGGCCGCCUGCGCCAGCUUCGACGGGGUCCCCUUCAUCAUCAAGAAAUGCAUCUGCGAGAUUGAGAGGCGAGCGCUGAAAACGAAGGGCAUCUACCGUGUUAACGGCGUUAAAACCCGAGUGGAGAAACUGUGCCAAGCCUUUGAGAAUGGGAAGGAGCUGGUGGAGCUCUCCCAGGCUUCCCCGCAUGACAUCAGCAAUGUUCUGAAGCUGUACCUGCGACAGCUCCCAGAGCCAAUCAUGCCCUUCCGCACAUACAACAGCCUCAUGGGCGCGGCCAAGGAAAGCCUGCAGACUGGGGCCGAGGGCAAGGCCGCAAAGAACGUUGUGGAGCUGGAGGACAAAGGGGCUGAGACGGACCAGGUGGUGGUGACCUUGGUGGCAAAGCUGAAGGAACUCCUGUGCCAUCUUCCCAAGGAGAACCUGGCCACUCUGAAGUACAUUGUUCAGCACCUGAGAAGGAUUGUGGAGGUAGAACAAGAAAAUAAGAUGACCUCUGGCAACCUGGGCAUUGUCUUCGGCCCCACCUUAAUGCGUCCCCAGCCCACGCAGGCCACCAUCUCUCUCUCCUCCCUGGUUGACUACCCUCAUCAGGCACGGAUCGUGGAGGCCCUCAUCAUCUUCUAUACGACCAUCUUUGAAGAGGACGGAGGCGUCGUUCUGGAAGAAGAGCUAGGGGGGGAGGGGCCUGGCCAUAGCCAGGAAGAUGCUUGCGAUGAGCCACCCAGCAGCGUCCCGUGUCUUGCUGGGACCGUUGACCCGACUGAAAAUGCUGAUGGCGACUCCUACAGAGGACCAGGCGGAGAGCAGUACAUCGAUUCAGAUUCUGAGCGGGAAGACGGAGCAGAGGCCAUCAGCCGCCUGGAGAUGGGCUUGGGCCCCCAAGGCAGCGAGACCAGCAGUGACGAAGAAACACCGUCCCAGUCUGAAGCCAGUGAGGGAGACGCCCUACCCAGAACAUCCAGUGUCAGUCAAUCGGAUUUGGAGGUCAUCUCACUCCCGACGCAUCUCCCAAAAGAGGAAGAGGACCCUCCAGAUCCGGAAGAUGACGCCGUCUUUAGCAGAGGGACAGAGGUGGAGAAUGGGGAAGGGUAGCC